AACGCCGUUUCAUGCCGCUCGCUAUGGAACAGAGAUGAAGGUGAUAAAGGGGCAAGGUAAAAGAAGGGCCCAAGUAAAAGUAAACCCCAAGACAUCCCGUCACCCCCCUCAAAACGGCCACCACCGACACGCCUGCACAAGCGACACACCAUGCUCGUUAACAGGCACCCUGUCCCCAAUAUACCGAACCUUGACCCAGUCCUUCGCGAACUCAUCCAACUCAACACCCUCCUCAAUCCCCUUCUGCCUGAUCUUCUCCAACCGAUCCCCCAAAAUCUUGUCAACCCGGUCAAGCAGCUCCACAUCAGCAACCUCAACUUUCUCAAGCACGCGCUUGACCUUGUCACCAAGCUCAGUCGCCCGCUUACGCUCUUUCUCCUUGCACCGCUCGUCCUUCUCUUUCUUGACGACUUCCCUCCGCGCCGCAAGACCCCUGUGGUACGCUUUGUACUUGUGUUUCUCGAACGGCGCCAUCAGUUCGAUGUACCAGCUGGUUCGGUUUACGCGCUGCUGGCGCUCCUAG